AUGUUCGCAAACGGGACAGAACGUGCGGAGAGGGAUCGACGCACAAACGGAAACUCUGUCACAAACGGGAACCACAACCUGAAUUCGCAGAUCAACGGAGGUCCAUCUACAAAUGGAAUCAGUAUUAAUGGCAGCAGAAACAAUGUCAAUGGCGCCCAUGUCUAUGUGUGCUACUACGGAUAUUGCGGCCAACGAUUCACUACUGAGGCGGCUUAUUCAUCUCACGUUGAUGAAGAGCACCAAAGAAGGCCUAGUAAUCAGGAAUUUCCGUGUACCUAUCCGGGUUGCGGCACUUUCUUCUCAGUUGCGACGGACUGGACAGAUCACGAACUUGAACAUGAUGAGGAAUAUAUCACGAAUCCGACCAACAUUUAUUGGGUUUGCUCAGAACCUAGAGGUACAGGAGCGUGCAACACAUCCUUCACCGCGAAACAACGUACCCAGUUCGCAGAACACUUAGUAACCCUGCACGGGGUGGGCCGAUCAUGGAGUGCGGUGAUCCCAGUCCUCGGGAGAUCGAGUUUUCCGAUCUACGCUGACGGAUUCUACUGCCCAUGGUGUGUUAAGGGUAUCAAAUACAACGAUCCAGACUUUUUACGAUCCUUUGUUAUCUGUGGUUUGGACCAGCCGCUGCGUUUGGAUCACUUGCAACGGCACAUGUUAGACGAUGGGAACUCUAACGGGCACUUGCCUACUGCGGGAAAGUCAGUGGUUGAGCUUGAUGACCACUGGUUGCUGAACCAUGGGAAACAUGGUUCCUCUUCCACCGGAACUUCGUAUGAUAUAAUGAAUUGGCACCUAGUGACAGGUCACUACGCAAUAAUCAAUACCCAACACCUUAUGGAUGGUGGACAUAGAAAACGCCACCCUACCGCCGCACCGUCAACCAAGAUAGAAGGCCUGAAUAAUCUACCGCAGAAACAUUCAGGCCCACAAAGAAGACUGGAAGGAUGUGGCAACUGCUUGUUUGACAUCGUUUACCGCAUUCUUUGUGGAGAAACACCGAUCCUUGCUGGCCGACAGAAAGUUUUCACCAAUCAAACUCUUGGCCUUUACCGACCAUCAUUCGUCAUGGCAGGAUACCCAGAUAUUCUCCGCAAAUUUCGCGAUGUCAGCGAGUUAUUCGUCCUUUCAGUCAAUAUUCGGUAUCUUGAGUAUCACAAGACUCUCAGUGGCGGUCAAUCUCGAAAAUGGUUCAUUGAUAACUUUACAUUUCGUUCUCGACAGUGCGAAGAAGAUGAAUGCUUCACCGCUCAAGUAUCAAUUACCGAGUCUUACCUCAAAUAUAUGAAGGGCGCGGUGAUCCGGCUUCUUAAGCAGAACAGCCAGUAUUAUACAUCACGGCGCCAGCUAACAGACCUUGUCUUUGCCAAGGUAAUCGACAUUUUGUCCUGCUUCUGCCAUUCAGGCACCAUGUCCUCAAACGUGACUUCGCACGUAAAUGGAAAUGGCCUUACAAAUGGGCAUAGUCAACAUUUACCCAAAUGCUAUUAUGGGUAUUGUGGCCGACGAUUCACCACCAUGGCGGAACAUGAGACCCACGAAGAAACGCAUGACAUUGUCCCUGAUGGUUUCUCCUGUACCUUUUGCGCCUCGCCUUACUCAAAAGCACAGGACUGGAGAGCGUGUGAAGAAAGUCACACUGGGGACCGAAUCCAGGAUCUGAACGGUAUUUACUGGGUCUGUUCGCUGCUAAACCUUGACAAUGAUUCAGGGCUUUGCAAUACAUCAUUCAAAGUUACGCAACGUUUCGAGUUCGCGGGACACUUGAUAAUGAUGCACGCAACCAACCGCUGCGUUUGGAUCAUAUCCAAAAACAUAUUAUCAAUGGGACAAGACCUCGCUCAUGGCAAUGGCCUCGAGCGGGCGUUACUGAAUAAGCUUCAGGGGAUGAGCAGUAAUCGACAGGUCUCCGUAUCCCUUCAUUCUAUCCGAAUUUCCGAAUAUGUUAGUCAGGAACUCCUGAAUCCUUUCUCAAUCAUCCAGGCUUGCAGCAGCUACAGAAACGCGACUACAUCCUCCUGGUAG